AUGUUGCAGUGCAUAUUUCUCCUAUCAGAUUCAGGGGAAGUGAUGUUGGAAAAACAGCUCACGGGUCACCGGGUCGAUCGCUCCAUAUGUGCAUGGUUCUGGGACCAAGUACAUACUCAAGGAGAUUCUUUGAAGAGCGUGCCUGUUAUUGCUUCACCCACCCACUAUUUGUUCCAAGUGAUCCGUGAGGGAAUAACGUUUUUGGCGUGCACCCAAGUUGAGAUGCCACCUUUAAUGGCUAUUGAGUUUCUUUGCAGGGUAGCUGAUGUUCUUACAGAUUAUUUGGAUGGCCUGAAUGAGGAUCUGAUUAAGGAUAAUUUUGUUAUCGUUUAUGAGUUGCUGGAUGAGAUGAUAGACAAUGGCUUCCCUCUAACAACGGAACCUAACAUAUUAAGGGAAAUGAUAGCUCCUCCUAAUAUUGUUAGUAAGGUUUUGAGUGUUGUCACUGGUAACUCGUCCAAUAUGAGCAAUACACUUCCAGGUGCCACAUCAUCAUGUGUUCCAUGGAGAAAGACUGACCUUAAGCACACCAGUAAUGAUGUUUAUGUCGAUCUUGUUGAAGAAAUGGAUGCUACUAUAAACAGAGAUGGGGCUCUGGUAAAGUGCGAGAUAUAUGGUGAAGUUCAAGUAAAUUCUCACCUAUCAGGUCUACCCGAUCUCACACUAUCGUUCGCCAACCCUUCAGUUCUUAAUGAUGUGAGGUUUCACCCUUGUGUUCGACUCCGGCCUUGGGAGUCAAAUCAGAUCUUAUCUUUUGUGCCGCCUGAUGGACAAUUUAAGCUCAUGAGUUACAGAGUAAAAAAGCUGAAGAAUAUUCCAAUUUAUGUGAAGCCGCAACUGACGUCCGACUCAGGGAAUUGCCGUAUAAGCUUAUUGGUGGGAAUACGAAAUGAUCCUGGAAAGUCAAUUGACACUAUAACAGUUCAAUUCCAACUACCACCUUGUGUUACGUCGUCUGAUCUUUCUUCUAAUUGUGGAUCGGUAAAUGUUCUUGCUGACAAGACAUGUUUGUGGACGAUUGGGAGAAUCCCAAAAGAUAAAGCUCCUUCAAUGUCUGGAACCUUGGUGCUUGAGAGUGGCAUGGAGAAACUUCAUGUAUUUCCCACUUUUAUAGUGGGUUUUAGGAUUAUGGGUGUGGCCCUAUCCGGCUUAAAGAUAGAAAAAUUGGAUAUACUGAAUUUACCCACGCGUUCGUAUAAAGGCUUUCGAGCUCUCACCAGAGCCGGUGAAUUUCAAGUGAGAUCAUGA